CGUCAUCUGACGUUUACCAGCAGAAUUCAGGAAGUGAUUCACUUACUGUUGUUUUUGUUCGACUGACCGUCAGCUUCCAGUUUUUUCCGAUUUAAUUUGUCGUUUUUGCGGGCCGAAAUGGCAACGUUUAUUUCAGUCCCGUUAAAGAAGUCGUCCGAGGUGGAUCUGGUGAAACCGCUGUCGAAAUUUGUCACCGCUUCACAUCCAUCAGGCGAGGAGCAAGCGGAGUAUAUCCGCGCCGUGGAGGAGUUAAACAAGCUCCGCAAGAACGCGCUGGGGAGGCCGCUAGACAAACACGAGAGCUCCCUGGAGAUCCUGCUCAGAUACUAUGACCAGCUGUGUGCUAUUGAGCCCAAGUUUCCUUUCUCUGAAAACCAGCUCUGCCUAACCUUCACAUGGAAAGAUGCUUUUGAUAAAGGAUCGCUGUUUGGUGGCUCAGUGAAACUCGCCUUGGCCAGUCUGGGCUAUGAGAAGACAUGUGUGUUGUUCAACGCAGCAGCUCUGGCAAGUCAGAUUGCUUCAGAGCAGAACCUGGACAGCGACGAGGGGCUGAAGGCGGCGGCCAAAUACUACCAGCUUGCCAGCGGAGCGUUCGGUCACAUCAAAGACACGGUGCUGUCAGCCCUGAACCGGGAGCCCACCAUGGACAUCUCCCCGGAGACCGUGGGCACCCUCAGCCUCAUCAUGCUGGCCCAGGCCCAAGAGGUCUUCUUCCUCAAGGCCACCUCAGAUAAGAUGAAAGAUGCUGUCAUCGCCAAGCUGGCCAAUCAGGCAGCAGAUUUCUAUGGUGACGCCUUCAAGCAAUGCCAGUACAAAGAGAAUCUGCCUAAGUAUUUUUAUUUUCAGGAAGUGUUGCCGGUGCUGGCGGCUAAGCACUGCAUCAUGCAAGCAAACGCCGAGCUGCACCAGAGCGUCCUGGCCAAGACGAAGAAACAUUUCGGAGAGGAGAUUGCUCGCCUGCAGCAUGCAGCAGAGCUGGUGAAGACGGUGGCAUCUCGUUAUGACGAGUAUGUGAGCGUUAAGGACCUCAGUGACAAGAUCAAUCGAGCCCUAACUGCUGCCAAGAAAGACAACGACUUCAUCUACCAUGACCGCGUCCCUGAGGUCAAGGACCUGGAGCACAUUGGCAAGGCAGCUCUGGUCAAGGCCACAGCCAUCACACCGCCAAUCAGCCACAAGUUCACAGACCUGUUUGAGAAGAUGGUUCCCAUGGCGGUGCAGCAGUCCAUGAGCAUUUACAACCAGAGGAAGGCUGAGACUGUUAACAGACUGGUGGGAACAAUGAGGGAGGCCACCAACCUCUGCAACGGCGUGUUGGCAUCCCUGAACCUGCCAGCAGCUCUGGAGGACCUGUCAGGAGACUCAAUCCCACAAUCCAUUGCUGAGAAGGCCAGAGCCAUCGUGCAGCAAGGAGGACUGCAGAGCGUCGAGCAGCUGAUCAAAGAUUUGCCUGAUUUACUGACCCGCAACAGAGAGAUCCUGGAUGAGUCUCUGAAGAUGCUGGAUGAUGAAGAGACAACAGACAGCGAUUUGAGAGCCAAAUUCAACCAACGCUGGAACAGAACCCCCUCUGGGGACCUGUAUAAGCCGCUGCGCGCCGAGGGCGCCAACUUCCGCAGUGUGUUGGACAAGGCGGUCCAUGCAGACCAGGUGGUGAGAGAGCGCUACAACACCCACUGUGACAUGAUCGCCCUGCUGUGCAAACCAGAGAACGAGCUCAACGCUGCCAUCCCCUCCGCCAACCCAACCAAAACACUGCAGGGCAGCGAGGUAGUGAACGUGCUGCGUUCCCAGCUCACCCAGCUGGAUGAGGUGAAGAAGGAGAGGGAGUCCCUGGAGUCCGAGAUUAAGGCCGUGACCUUUGACAUGACCGCCAGCUUCCUGACGGCGCUCGCCCAGGACGGGGCCAUCAACGAGGAGCAGCUGUCACUCAGCCAGCUCGACCAAGCGUACGGAGGCUACAACCAGAGGGUGCAGGCCAGCCUCCGCAGACAGGAAGAGUUGCUGGCACAAGUACAGACGUCCCACCAGGAGUUCAGCAGCCUGAAACAGUCCAACACGGAGGCCAACGAGAGGGAGGAGGUCCUGAAGAAGCUGGCUUCAGCACACGACAGCUACGUUGAGAUCAGCAACAACCUGCGCGAAGGCACCAAGUUCUACAACGACUUGACAGAGAUCCUGCUCAAGUUCCAGAACAAGUGCAGCGACAUCGUUUUUGCUCGCAAGACAGAGCGGGAUGAGCUGCUUAAGGAGCUACAGCAGAGCAUUGCACGGGAGCCCAGCGCUCCAUCUUUUAGCGUUCCCGCCUAUCAGAGCAAUCCUACUCCCACUGCCGCCGGCCCAACCCCUGCACCCAGGACUGUGUUUCAGCCCCAGCAGCAACCACAAGCCAAGCCGCAGCCCCCAGCCAGGCCUCCUCCUCCCAACAUGACACCCCAGGCAGCCUCUACCACGCCCACCAACCCACCACCCCACGCCCCUCCCGCCAGUAACCCCCCACCUGUGACCCCACCCACUCAGGCCCAGGGACCACCUUACCCCACCUACCAGGGCUACCCAGGGUACUACCAGAUGCCGAUGGGCUACAACCCCUAUGCUUACGGCCAGUACAGCAUGCCCUACAUGUCCUACCAGCCCACUCCAGGACAGGGGGGCUACCCUGGUGCCCCCCCAGCCGGACAGCCCUACCCUGGCUACCCACAGCAGCCCCCCCAGCAGCAGCCCUACUACCCCCAGCAAUAACUCCCUCUCUCUCCACCCCAUCCUCCCAUUCCUCUUCUCUUAACACCAAAUGGAAAAAAGUAAUAGCCCCAGCAAUAACAGUAAUUCCAUCAAACCCCCUCUUCUUCCUCUGUUUUGCUCUGUAACAGCAGCCAUAUAAACCAGAGUGAAGGGUGACCUCAAAGCUGCUUUGCACUUCUUCCUAAUCCCUCCUCCACUCCCUCGCCUUCCGUCAUCCCUUGUUCCAUGUUUAACCCACGCUUUCCUUCAUCUCUCCCUCCCUUCUCGUCCAUGCUCACAUUUUGCACUUCGGCUUUCUAACGGCACUCAUCCACCUCUCCCCCUCCCAUCUUCCCUUAUUUGCCCAUGCACUAACUCCCUCGUCCCGCCUGUAUCUGUAUGUUUUUUUUUUCUUUUUUCUUUUUUGGGCUCCUCUUUUAAUGAUUUUGUUGAUUCUCUAAUUUAAAUCCUAACCCGCUUGCCAUUUAUAACUGACUUCUCUGUCUGGGCUGGACUGCUAUAUAACACUAGUGGAGCCGCACGGGACUCUGGGAUACCGGCUCUCGGACGGGGUGUGGCCUGUAGGCAUGUUUUUCUGAUUUGGGAGUGUGUGGGUGAUCAUUAUCAGCAACGCCACUGAAGGGAGGACACACCGCCACCUCCUCACCCCUCUCCCAACCAAGCAACCCCCUAGUGCUUCUAUAUCAACUAUAUUCCUAUUUUUGUAAUGAAUACUGAUGCAUCGCCGAUGUAUAAACUUCUAAAAAAAAAAAUACAAAAAAACCCUGAAUGGCCUGUAGGUUUUCUAAUGUAGAUGACGACUGUUGAGAGAUCCACUCCCUUCUCUCUCUCUUUUCUCUCUGUCUUCUCUCUCUUGCUCUCACCCAGGGAAUGUCGAUAUAUUUCUGUCUUACAAUCAGAGGCUGUACAAGUGGAAGAAAUGGUUAUAUAAAUAUAUAAAUAAGACUCUGUAUGUGGUUAACCAAGACACUCUGUGUGCCGCACUCUCAUGCUCUUUGUGUUGUUUUUAUUUUAUUUUCUCAGUUCUAAUGUGAUUAAAAGAAAGUCUGUAUAUCA